GAUGUGGGUUGGAUUUGUGACAAUGCAAGAAUUAAAUUAGGAGGGACUUGAGACUACUAGAAAAUCAGCUUCCUUUCUUUGUUCUUGAACAACUUUACAACCUCGCUGGUAUGAAUCAGGAAUUUCCCUCCUUUCUUCAGAUUUCUUUCAACUAUUUGAAGUAUGUGGGAUAUAGAACAUCGUGUCCAACAGAGUCCCCAAAGCACUUCACUGAUCUUACGAGAACUAGUAUAAUAUCGUCAUCAAAAUUUGUUCUUAGAGCACAAGAAGCAUGCAAAGAAAGAAAACAUGUACACAGUGCAAGCCAACUACGGGAGGCAGGUCUUAAAUUCAAGGUCAGUCCAAAUGAAAAUGAAUGCUUACUUGACUUGACCUAUUCCAGUGAGGGUGUGUUGACAAUGCCAAUGUUGAAUAUAGGUGACGAUACAGAAAUGUUCUUCAGGAAUAUAGUGGCAUUUGAGCAUUGUCACCUUUCAGAUCAUACAAACAUCAUUACUCAAUACCAAAAGAUUCUAGAUUUUCUUAUCAACACUGAAAAAGAUGUGAACAUAUUAGUUGAAAAGAAAAUUAUUGUCAAUACGAUGGAUGAUGCUAACAAAGUGCCUACAAUGGUUAACAAUCUGGACUCAAAUCUUAUAGUGCCACGUUUCAAUUCACACUACGACUCUCUCUGCAAUAGCUUAAAUGAUUUCUAUGAAAAUCCUCGCAACAAGUACAAGGCUAUAUUCAUACACGAGUACUUCAACACUCCUUGGAAAAUAGCAUCUACAGUUGCCGCAAUUGUGCUUCUUUUGCUCACAUUGAUUCAGACUAUAUGUUCAAUAAUCUCACUGUUUUAAUUAAGGUAAGA